AUGCACUAAUGUUUUAUUAUGUUUGCGGUUUUGUGUACUUAUGGUGAGCUUUUAUAAUAGAUCCGAGUGCUUUUCGUAAAAGAAAUGUCAUCAUGUGUUGGGUUGAAUAAAACACAAAUGGUGUUUUAAAAAAAAUGCCUAAAUAUCAGAGCGUAAAUAAAGAAAUAAAAUAGCCAAAAGCUGAUAGUAACUCUCUUGUACGGCAGUACUCCAGUAAACCACCAAGCAAAAAAAACGCUUCUUUUGAAUGCUGCCGCCGCCCUCCCUUCCGGUGGCGCCGAACCCCGCCGCCGUGCUCCACGCCGCGCUCCUCAGAUCCUCCCCUUCCCGCCUCCCUCCCCGCCUCUCCUUCAACUCCCUGCUCGCCGCCGCCUCCACCUCCCCGCACCCCCGCCUCCGCUCCCUCGCCCUCCCCGCCCUCGCGCUCGCGCACCGCUGCCCCGCCGCCGCCGGCCCGCUCGACUCCUACGCGCUCUGCUCCGCGCUCCGCCACGCCUCCGCGGCCCAGGCGGGGCCUCUCCACGCGCUCGCCGCGAGGUCCGGGUGGCUCGGCAGCGUCUUCGUUUCCUGCGCGCUCGCCGCGUUCUACGGCGGGUCCGGCCGGUUCCUGGACGCCCGCAGGCUGUUCGACGAAAGCCCCGUCAGGAAUGGCGUCUUCGGGAACGCCGUUCUCGCGGCCUACGUGGGCGCGGGGAAGUGGACCCCGGCUCUGGAGUUCGCGAGGAGGUUUCCGGAGUAUGGGCUGCCGGCCGACGGGUACACGAUGACGGCCGUGGUGAGGGCCUGCGGAGAGACGGCGAAUGCUGAUCUGGGCGGCGAGGCGCAUGGGCAUGCGAUCAGAAGGGUGAGAGAUGUGGGGUCCGAUGUGUUCCUGAUCAGCGCGCUCGUGGACAUGUACGCCAAAUGCGGGCUCGUUGGACACGCGGAGCGGGUGUUCAGGCUGGUGCUGCGGGCCAACGAUGGUGGAGACGAUGUUGUGCUAUGGACGGCGAUGCUGAACGCCUAUGGGCGGCACGGGCAGUGCAAGGAGGUCAUCCAGACUUAUGACCAGAUGGUGGCUUUCGGGGUCAGGCCUGACGAUCUGGCUAUUCUGGCCGUGCUCUCAGCAUGCCAGCAUGCUGGGGAGGUUGCCAAGGGGCUCAGAUAUUUUGAGUCUAUGCGCGCAGAGUACGGGCUGGUGCCCACACCAGAGCACUAUGGUUGUGUGGUCAACAUGCUAUGCCGGGCAGGAGAAGUAGCCAGGGCAUGGGAGAUCGCUACCAGGGAGGAAUGUGGAGGUAAUAUUGGUGUCUCUACAUGGGGCGCUCUUCUCAGUGCUUGCUGUGAUUGCCGCAAUGUUGAGCUUGGGAGACUGGCAGCUCGGAAGGCAAUUGAACUGGAGCCUAGGAAUGCUGGGAUUUAUGUCGAGCUGUCAAAUUUGUAUGCGAGUGCUGGCUUGUGGGAGGAGAUUAACAAGCUGCGGGAGGUGAUGAAGGACAGGGGUUUCGAAAAGGAUGUCGGAUCUACCUGGGUUGAGCAGAAUUCUUGAAAUGGCCUACAUAAAUUCAAAAUGCCAAAGUAUGAUCUGAUCAUUAUGAUUUGAGUAAAGGAGGGGAAUCUGAUCUUUUUAUGGGCUGCCAUCAGAUCUAUGAGGAAACCAAGCGAUAUUUUUUGCUGGACCACAAUAUCUGAAGUGUAAUCUUGCUGAGGCACAAGAUUAUCGGGCGGAAAUUAAGUACAACAACUUGUAUCAAAGCUGGAAUCUACAUGAAGUGCCCUAUCCACCUAA